CAUUUACGUGUGUGAUAUCUGCGCUAAGCUGAGCAGCAUCGUCUUCUUCAUCAUCACAGUACAAAUGAAGAAGUAUGGCUGCACACUACAAAUAUGUCCCCUUGUUUUAACCAGAGUCAUGGUUAAAACACUUCCAGUCGGACUGAACACUUUUUCACCAUGAGGAUCCACUGUAAGGUUGUGGCGAUCGCGGUAUGUUUUGGAGUUUUCCUACUUUUGUACUUUUUCGGGGGAAACGCUGCGGACGAGCCGCCGCUGAAAGAAGUUGCGAAAGAAAAACAUUUUCAAUCCUUCAAUCAUAUCGAGGAUAUAGAACCGGCGAAAGAAGCGAAACAAACCAACGAAGAGCCACAAAAACCACCGAAACUAAUCCGCAAAGAGCCGAAGUUGAGCAGCAGAGGAGGAGGGAAUGUCAUCGCAAAGACUCGGCAGAAAAGUGAGGUGGGGCGGCCUGGGUCAAAGGUCACACAAGCAGAGGAUGUCAUGCACCUGGCAGUGGUGGCUUGUGGGAACCGUCUAGAUGAAACGCUCAACAUGGUGAAAUCAGCACUGCUCUUCAGCAUAAAGAAGAUCAAAUUUCACAUCUUUGCAGAGGAGGACCUGGGCGAACAAUUUGAAAAAGGGUUCAGUCAGUGGCCUCAGACAGUGUCCUCCAGGUUUCACUACAGCAUAUAUCCAAUCACCUUCUCUGUGGGGAAUGCAGAUGAAUGGAAGAAACUCUUCAAGCCAUGUGCUGCCCAGAGGCUGUUUCUUCCCGUUAUCCUGAAGGACGUGGACUCACUGUUGUACGUGGACACAGAUGUUUUGUUUCUCCGGCCUAUGGAUGACAUCUGGAAGUUUCUGAAGGCUUUCAAUAGCACUCAGCUAGCUGCCAUGGCCCCAGAGCACGAGAUCCCUAAGAUCGGCUGGUAUAGCCGCUUCGCAAGACACCCUUUUUAUGGAGUCACAGGGGUCAAUUCAGGGGUCAUGCUAAUGAACCUCACACGGAUUCGUAGCACUCUCUUCAGGAACAGCAUGAUCGCCAGCGGUCUGUCAUGGGAAAAUCUGCUUCACCCUCUUUAUCAGAAAUACAAGAACCACAUCACAUGGGGAGACCAAGACCUACUUAACAUCAUCUUCCACUACAAUCCAGAGUGUCUGUACAUAUUCCCAUGCCAGUGGAACUACAGGCCAGAUCACUGCAUGUAUGGAAGCAACUGCAAGGCUGCGGAGGAGGAUGGGGUGUCUAUUCUUCAUGGUAACCGUGGUGUGUACCAUGACGAGAAGCAGCCCGCCUUCAGGGUGGUGUAUGAUGCCAUACAUGAGUAUCCUUUUGAAGAGAACUUGUUCCAGGCUUUAUUUUACCCUCUUCAGACUAAGUUCCUAGACACCGUUAACACCCUUUGUGGAAGGAUCCCACAAGUGUUCCUCAAACAGAUCGAGAAGACCAUGAGGGCUGUUUAUGAGAAAAAAGUGGUGCACCAUGUCCGACAGCCACUCGAGUAAUGAGCCUCUACUGUGUUUCGGCAUCACAAGAAAGAAUCUCUGCCUGCUGCUUGAAUCAGAGUGAACUUUUCCAUCGAAGACGAGCAAUGCCAGAGGCAAACUACAUUUGGUCCAUUAGGCACAGUAUGAGCUUCAUGAGCCAGAGGAGUUGGAGAUUCAAGCUGGAACAAUUUCUUUUGAGCAGACGUUUGGCCUGCUGCAUGGAAACAGCAAUGCAGGAUGAAUGCAACAUAAGCGAAACCAUCAAAACUCUUGAGAGAGAGUAGUGAGCAAAUGAAUUGAGUGUCUCCAACUGUGGGUAAUCAACCACUUGAAUGUUCCUGAGAGACUCGUUGGCAAAGCUGUUUUUAACCAAUCCAAAAAUAUGGAUUCAGAGCUGUUUAUUUUACAACUGUGUUGUACCAUUUUCAGCAUCUUGUUUUAUUAUGUCUGGUAUUACACAAUUGGAGCAUUUGUGUCUCACUUGAUCUAAUUCAUGUAUUUAAGUGGCUACACCAAUUUGUUUGUGCAUUUUGCUGCUUAAUAGCAUGAGAUAAAGCCUUGUUUUCAAGCCACAUAAAUGAAUGUAGCACGCAGAAACAACCAAAGAGAACUAGCCUGUAGAGCUCAGUAAGAUGUACAUUCAGUUUAAGCACAGCCCUGAUGGUGGAUGUUCACACUGUUUACAUUGAAGAUGACUUGCUAGUAGAAAGGGGCCUGAUGUUGUAAUGUUGUCAUU